AUGGAUUUAAAGGAGCCCGUUAGUAGCUGAAUCGACCCACCCGAGUAUCCGACCCAAAUCGUUAUAAUAUCCAAAAAGCCAGUCGGAGCUCGAAAAAGCUUCGGGUCCGCUGGCUUGAGAACAAAGAAAACCCCAUUCUCCGAUCUCUGCUUAAAUCACUCGAAGAAGAAGAAGGAGAAAAUCAGAAAGACUCAGAGCAAAAAAAGAUCGAGAAAGAUGAGUAGCAUUGGAACUGGAUACGAUCUCUCCGUCACCACUUUCUCUCCCGAUGGCCGUGUUUUCCAGAUCGAGUACGCCGCUAAAGCUGUUGACAACAGUGGGACUGUUGUUGGAAUCAAGUGCAAAGACGGGAUUGUAAUGGGUGUGGAGAAACUUAUUGCAUCAAAGAUGAUGCUACCAGGUUCAAACAGGAGAAUCCAUUCUGUUCAUCGUCAUGCUGGCAUGGCUGUUGCUGGGCUUGCAGCUGAUGGUAGGCAAAUUGUUGCCCGGGCCAAAUCUGAAGCAAGAAGCUAUGAGAGUGUUUAUGGCGAUGCUGUACCUGUGAAGGAACUUUCUGAGCGUGUUGCAAGUUAUGUACAUUUGUGUACUCUCUAUUGGUGGCUCAGGCCUUUUGGCUGUGGAGUCAUUCUUGGAGGUUAUGAUAGAGAUGGACCUCAACUGUACAUGAUUGAACCAUCAGGCAUAUCAUAUAGAUAUUUUGGUGCGGCAAUUGGCAAAGGAAAGCAAGCUGCCAAAACGGAAAUUGAGAAAUUGAAUUUAUCUGAGAUGACAUGCAAAGAAGGCGUUAUCGAGGUGGCGAAAAUCAUCUACAAGCUACACGAUGAAGCCAAGGACAAGGCCUUUGAACUGGAGAUGAGUUGGAUAUGCGAGGAGUCAAAACGAGAGCAUCAGAAGGUCCCUGAUGAUCUUCUGGAAGAAGCGAAGACGGCAGCUAAAACUGCGCUCGAGGAGAUGGAUGCUGACUAAAACUGAGGAAAAACUGAGGAUUCGUCGUGAAUUUAGAUCUGUCUUAAUGCUGGUGUUUCGUAUGUACUCUGAAUUGAAUUUUGUCUGGAAGGACAGUUGUUGCAGUUUCUCAUGAACCAUCGGAGUCUUUAAUCUUAUUGCUGUCAACAGUUGCUACGAUAACUCCUUCAGUAGGUUCAUUUGAUAAUUGUGUUCUUGAACUAACAUUCA